AUGAGGUUGGUGUCUAGUACACCCACUGCAUCAGUGUUUGAAAGGAAUGGGAUGAACUUUAUUAAUAAUUAUAUUCCAAAGGGCUUCGGACCUGGUUUCAACAUAUGGAUCAAGGACAGUCCGGGAAUCCUGCCAGAUAAGUUCCGUUUCUUCAACUUCCCAUACUCAAAUGAAGCCGAAUUUAUUCAACUUGUUGCCGCCAGUAAUAGAAGUUGUGGAUUUAUCAAGAUUGGUACAAUGGUCCUUGUUAUCAACAUUGGUGCAAUGUCUACAACCCCCUCCCCCGCCCUUUGCCAAGCCUUUGGAACUCUUGGAUGCUCACAGAUCUACCCUGCCGGUACCUCUGGAGCCACCAACUAUUGUAUGAUUGGGUACAAAGGACAAGCACCAGGAUCAGCCCAAGAGUCAUUUGGUGAUGGAUCAACUGGUAAUGUGACAGUGACCGGUACCUACCAGAACUUCUAUGAUUGUACCCGUGUCCUUGGAUUCAGUUACAAUGCUACAACAAGCAAUCCUAUUGGCAACUUGGAUAUCAUGUUGGGCAACAUUCCCAUCUUACCAAACUCCUUCAAACCUUUGGGCGAUGGAAUCAAUGUUGUCACUCUCAACAGUACUCUCUGUCUACAAUACAAACAACAACAAAUAACAAACUUCCCAACGAUGAACUAUGAUGCCAAUGUCUCCAAAGCCCUCGCCCAGUACAUUGAUUCCAUUGCCAAGGGUACAGUAGUGAUGAUCGUUGCUCGUGGAUUGAACCUAUCCAAGACAAGUCUCAACUCUGAUGCCAUUCAGAGUCUUCAAAGAUUGGGCAGUAAGUGCAUCCUGAACUUCAAACAAAAUGACUCAAACGAUUGUUGGUUCAUGUUUUUGAAGAAGGGCACUCCAUCGAUCUAUACUGAGAUGGCAUUCAAUCAUUCAUCACCAUGCACUGCCUCAAUCCAUUACAACUUGAUCAACAAUGAGUUGAUCACUCAGAAUAAGACAGUGAGUGAUGAUGACAUCAACAUCUACGUUGCAACAUCCAAUCCCAUAUAUGCUCCCAUUGGUAUUCAGAACUUCAUCAUCACAGUUGGAGGUGUGCCCGUCACAUUCCAAAGCAAUGCAGGUCUGCUGAUGUGUGCAAUCAGUGAGGUCGAUGGCAAAUUGUACUUUGCUCGUAACUAUGAUGUCAGAAGUACAUCGGUCAAUAGCACGCUUCAAAUGAUCGCUGACAUCAUGUCCAUCUCAGUUGGUACACUGGUUGUCAUCUGCACAGGAGUCCUAAGUCAAGACUUUGCCAUCUCAGACAACCUUGCAUUCGCAAUGACCACAUGUGGCAGCAAAGUGACGGUCAACCCAAUGACCUCAUCAUCGUCAUCUGCAUUGAUUGGGCGGAAGGGAGCACCAUCAGGCUCAGUACCCGAGAUCCUCUCAUUCACAGGACCAGUCUCACUCUUAUCAAACUUCAAGAGACAAUUCAAACCUGUCAAGCCAUACGUCCACAUCAAGGCUGCAUCCAAUGCUACACCAUCAGUUGCACCAGACCCUUCAUACAUCUUCACCAAUGGACUACCUAUCUCUGGUACUUUUGGACCUGGUUUGAAUGUUGUGGCCAUCAAUCCAAUCAACGGAACAGUGAUAUCUUCAAACAACUAUGACACCACUGAUGCCGCUUCCCAACCUCGACCAAGUGGCAAGUUCACCACUGAUAUCACUGCCCUGCCACAAGGUACCAUCGUAGCCUUGUCCACACUUGGGUCUGCGGGUACCUACCUUGGCACUGCCCGAGACACCAUCACCAACUACCUUGGUUCCAAGAUGAUGACAUCUUUCACCUCCAAUCAAUCAUAUUGUAUCGUCUCAACGGUUGGUCUCAACCUCACAGGUGAUACGAGAGUGAUGAGUGAGUGUAUUGCGCCAACCAGUUCAUACACAUCAUGUGACUUUCGAUUCCCGUUGAAGUCACUCUACACAAACACUGGUCUGACCUUCUGUGUCACAUCUGGACAACAGAGUCGCAUCAUGGUCAACAAUCAAUCGGCCCUGCCCACCACAACGAACGGAAUCAACUUAGUCACGGUCGAUCCCGUCAGCGGAGCCGCCAGUCCAUACUAUUUCAACACAUCUGGAUCGGUUGCACAAUGGCAGGUGUUGUACAACUUCAUCCAAGCACUCCCAGUUGGUCAGUUUGUCUUGAUCUCUGUUCAACAAUCGAUGGGAACACCAACAACACCUCAAUCCAAGCGAUACCAGAUGAUGGCUUUGACAAUGAUUGGUGCAUGUCAGUUUAUCUGUGUUGGACCAGAGUCCACUUACUCUGUGAUUGGCACUCGUGGAGCAUGUCCUGGAUCAGCAUUCGAAUCAUUCAAUGGCAAGAGUAUCCAGGUGUGUGUUGGAUCAUGGGAGCCAAAGACACCGACAUCAUUGGUUGGCAGCUCUCAGUAUGGAAUGAUGCCCUUUGAGGCACCAACCUUCGCCGUGCCUGGGUUGACCAACAUGUAUCAACACGAAUCACCAAUGGCAAUCAUCCCAAGCAACAAAGCAUUUGGCAACAUCUUCAGAGCUGAGCCAGCAUACAAUGGGACACUUCUUCACCCAGCUGGUCGUGUCACCAAGGCUCUCUUGGUGGGUUUGUCAUACUACAACACAGUUGAACAACCCAGUCAAGGCAUCGAGUUUCAAAUCCAAGAACAUGCUCGCGCGCUGGUCCAAGGUGGAUAUGUCUUGCCACAGAACAUCCGUAUGCUCACUGAGGGUUUGACAGAGGUCUCCAACGAUGGAACAUAUGUCAACGGACCAUCAUGGCUGUGCAUCAAGAAUGAGAUUAUCAACUGGUUGGUGGCGGGCGCACAGGCUGGUGACACACUCUACUUUGUGUUCCUCGGUCGUGGCUUCUCGAGCGACACCUACCCAUUUGGAUUGGUCACCAUGAACAAAGACUUCACUGCAGCCGACUACACCAAUUUGACCAUCGAUGACUUCAAGUUCUGUUUCUCCUCACUGGCCGCUGGCGUCAACCUCACAUUGUUGUUGGAUUGCUCAUACUCAUCGGACAUAGUGUCAACGUGGUCACCAGGCAUCCUGACCCAGACCUCAGGACUGUUUGCCACAUCCCCAUACAACAUACUCACGCCAUCAACUCAACAAUCGAUUGGACUUACACCAAUGGUCACUCGCAUCCUCAAAGAGAGUGGAUCAACUCAGUUGACUUAUAAUCAGAUCAUGACGCAAGUGCAGGCAGAGAUGUAUAUUCGUGGAACACCGACGUUGCUCAAUGGCGGAGAUAAAGUGUUCUUGAGUAAUACAUCAACACUACAGAUCCAUCAACAUCAAUCAACAUCUGGCGAUGAGUACCAAUACCGUUACACGACCGACACCAACACGUCGUACCCAUGUAUGAACAUUCAACCUCGUUGGAACGUUUGGGGAUUGGAUAGUGGAGUUGGAGUCCCAUUGUACCAGUUCUCAACCGAUCAUACUGGUGAUGGAUCGAGCAGAUACUAUUUGUCACUGAACAAACAUGAACCUGAUUGGACAUUGAUUGGUGUAGUCGGUCAUGUGUCACCAGUGCAGACCACCAAUUGCAACAAACCAAUCCAUCGAUAUAGUUGCAAAUCAUCAGUCAACAAUGCCAACCUGUUUGCAUUUGAUUCAGAGGCACCUCGCACACAUGGCCGAGGUAAUCAAGUAUGGGUGGACAAUGGUGUUGUGUUCUACGCAAUCGAUCCUGCCCAUUUGGAGACGGAGAAACCGAUUGAAUAUCCUAGUGCGAGGAUCACCUCAAUGAUGGGGUAUUGCGAUGAUGAAGAUGACAACUCUGAUAGUACUGGAGAUCAACAUGAUAUGUCAGUGAAUGAGAGUACUGAUUCAUCAUCAAUGGAUACAUCAGACGAAACAGAUUCGUUUGUAGUUGGAUCCGAUUCAAACAACAACAAUGAUACCAUUAUGCAUCAGGACAAGAUUGAACAACUUCAGAGACAAAUUGAUGAGUUGAAGAGGUCUCUCCUUGCAGCAAAUAAUCCAAUGAAGUAA